AUGCGGAUGCGGAAGCUCGGCAAGGGACAAUCGGUGGCCUUCUGCGUUCCCGACGAAAUCCGGCAAAAGAUUGUAGCAAUAUCACAGAAUAGCGGCGACACGGCCAUAACCGUAGCCCACAUCUUGGAGUGGUCCAUCUCUGAGACCUUUGCGGAUCUCCAGAGAGGCAUUUGGCUGUGGGCAAACCAGGGCCGCCGCUACCAGCGCCACGAAAUCCUGUGGGACGAGGCUCGAGGUGAUGCCGAAGAAACCGAACUGAGCCAGAAACAGGCCGAAGAGUUCCUCGAGGAAGAGGCCCAGACCAUUGAGGUACGAUACAGGCCAGGCCAUCAGCUCGACACUUCGCAAAUCAGUCUGGACAACGAGCAUUGCGCCGACGACAUAACCCAGAGGCUGCGUCAAUUCGGGGGUCUCAAGCUCGAGUCGACGACGUUUCGCGAAGAGCAGGAGCGAGAGUUGUCACCCGAGGUCGAACAGGAACGAGAAGUGCAGAAACCUCCUCAUGCGACACCCGCCGAACACGCAAUACAUCCGGAUGUCAGAACAUUCAUUUCAAGGGGGAUUGUUGUGAAGGGAUCCCCAGCCUUUCUUUUCGCUUUCCAGGCGUUGUCGGACACCAGUGCUGCCCAAUAUUACGACGUCGCCAGAUUUCGCCCGAGUCUCUUGGUCACGGCAGAUUUCACCCGCACUAUUAUUCCGGUGGGAAAAGGACACACCUCAGACCUGUUCCAGAGACCUGUCCAGUGGAUCUUGACAACGGCGUCGAGUGCGGGCGUCGUUGACCAAGCAGUGAUCAUCAGUCCAUACGAGGCGCAAGAGCUUUUGCCGGAGAUACGAGUUUCGAGACAUGUCUCUCUGCAUCUGUACGCGCCACGCCCAAAUAUUGGGUACCGCCCGCUGGACACUCUGAGGCUUUACACAAUGCCUCACCAGCCUAUUCCAAGAGUCAUGCCGGAAGUCUUUACGAACGAGCUCAAUCUGUUCUCGGGCCAGCUGUACAUGAAGUCGAUGAAUGAGUACCUCAGCGUUCGCCGCUUCUUAGGCCUGAGGUCGGCGGAUCAGAAGGACUCCGAGUCCGAACUCUCUGGCUCCUCUACGAAUGUCAUGGACACUGAAACGCCUAACUUGAUCAAGUUCCUGCGCGUUCUCACGAUGAAGAUCAGGAGGAAUUGCGAGUCGAUCGACAAGACGCACCUGGGGAGGAUUUUGGAUCACAGGACACUUGAGGAUUCGGAUUUUGCAAAUUCCAUGGACAUGGACAUGUAA